AUGGAUUCGUUGUCCCUGGACCUGGCGCAUCUUUAUUUUCAGGCAAAAGAAGCAGGAAACCCCGUUCCUAAAACAUCCGCAACCAAAAUUGCUUUGGAGCUUCUCAAAUCAAAAGGAAUCAUGGGACUUUACAAGGGGAUUGGUGCAACCAUGUUACGUGAUAUAUCAUUUUCGGUAGUUUAUUUCCCGCUAUUUGCCACACUUAACGAUUUUGGACCUAGAAAGAUCGACAGCUCCGGCGAAGCAGUGUUUUGGUGGUCAUUUUUGAGUGGGUGUUCUGCUGGAUCAUUAGCGGCAUUGGCUGUCAAUCCCUUCGAUGUAAUCAAAACAAGACUACAAGCAUUAAAAAAAAUUGAAGGAGAAACGCAAUUCAAUGGUGUGGCUGACUGUAUAAGGAAAACUUUAACGAUGGAAGGUCCGCAGGCAUUUUUCAAAGGUGGGCUUUGUCGCAUGAUCGUUAUUGCUCCAUUAUUUGGGAUUGCUCAAAUGGUUUACUUCUUGGGAGUGGCUGAAACGUUACUUGGAGUGAAGCAGGUGAAAACAUAAAAAGUGUGAGUCGAUUGUUAUCUCUCCACAGCAAAAGAUAUCUCAAUUCUCUUUGUAACAAAUUGUGGAAAAUAUUUGUUAUUUGUAAUGAACCCGUUGUAAUCUGCUGCAUUUACAACUGUCGUAAUAAAUUUCUCAUGGUUAAGUUUU